AAAUCAAUUUUGCAUCACAGAAAAGUGCGAUUGAAAACUAGUAAAUUUCAUCAUCAAGUGGAAGACACAGUAGAAAAAUCUAUCAGUUUCGGGAGGGCCGCCAAAAUCCCUCCCAUUUACGAGCGCUCAACGGCUAGCAACAUUUCUAUAGAGAAAGGAGGCGACUUGAUCGUAUUAUCAUCAUGCAACCGUCAACCACGUCUGUCAUCUGCUUCUCAUGGCGUGAGAUCGAGGCCUCCCGAGGAAACCAUACGGGAUUCCUCGAAGACGGAAAUGAUUCCUCUUUUGAGUCCGACGAUGGAAACGGAGAUGCUAAAAGAAUCAUGGACAAUUCCGAAAUUAAAAUUAAACAAUUAUCUCAACAUGGAGGAGGAGAACAAUCAGAAAUUUUCCAUUUGGGAGGAGAACUUUCAAGAUCUGAGUGGUUGGUGCAUCGACCAAUUUCCCCAACAAUACGAUUUUCCUAUAGGUGAAGCCAUCAAUUCCAAACUGACCGAUAUGAACUAUGAGAAUGAUGUCUCAAUAGUGGAUAAUGAAUCAAAAGAGUUGACAAGUGUUUGCGACAAGAAGAAAACAAAUGUUGAUGAUGAUAAUGAUGAUGAUGAUGAUAUUUUACAUAUCGCGGAUUUUUCAAAUCUCACAUCAGCGGUGAAGUUUGAAAAAAUGUCUAACAUCACUUUAGCCAAAGAAUCGGAUAUUUGGCAUAAUUUAAUAACUGAGAAAACAAUCGACACAACGGUCAAUAUUGAUAUUGCUUCACAGACACCAAUUGCAAGUAAAGAUACAAAUUUAAAAGUGCAGUUACCAACUCAACAAGUGACUCAAGCGAAAAUUAUGGAUCCACUGGAACCUAAUGUACUUUCAACGUAUACCUCAUACGAGCCGGAAUCUUUUGAUUUACUCUCUUAUCUUUGUGAUGAUGAAGUCGCUUUACCAACAACAAGUACACCAUCGACAUCGCAAAAAAUAAUCAAAACAACAGCAAAAAUUGCCGAGAAUACAUCACAAAAAAUUCCCAAUAAUGAAAGACAAUUAAGAAAACGAAAAGAAUCGAUAAAAGAAAAAAUCGAUCAUUACGAGACAAUGAUUCCAUCGACAUCAACCUCCUCCUUUCUGCCAUCACCAUCGUCAUCGUCGUCAUGCGCAUCAGAGCAUUCGCUUAAAAAAGUAACACUAAAAAGAGGGAGAAAACCAAAAAAUAUUGUUAACAUCGACAGCGAAAAGUGCCAUCAAAAGAAAAGGGGUCCUAAACGAAAAUUGGAGAUUGAAUAUUCUGAUGAUGAGGAUUUCUCUGACAAUAGUUAUAAGGAAUCGCGUCAAAAAAAUAAUCAAGCAUCAAGAAAAUCGCGUAUGAAUAAAAAGGCAAAGGAGGAGGAAAUGUCAAAACGUGCAUCACAUCUUGAGAAAGAUAAUAAAAUAUUAAAAAUGAAAGUCGAGGAACUUGAAAAGUUGGUGACGUCAAUGCGUAUGGCAUUAUUACAAUCAGCAUUGAAACGUGAGAGAUAAUUAGGGAAAAAAUUUGAAUUUUUCUGAAAACAUUUUAUUCGCCGAAGAAGGGUGAACAUUUUUUCUUUUUGAAACUUUUUUUUUUACUUUUAGAAAAAAAAAAUUAUUUUUCCAUUAUUCAUUUCUUUACCAAAAUCAAAAAUUAUUUUACGAUUAUAAUUUCU